AAGAAAAUCCAUUAAGGGCGAUUGACAAGGGACGGUGUCCUUGUGUUUGAGGGUAGGGUGGGGGAGAGCGAGGCUUAGCCCCCUUGUGCUCAGUACUCUGCCGACGAUUUGGAAGAACAUGACAAUUAGCUCUUUUUCUUUUUGUAAGGUUUUAAUUUAGAGGUAUUUGGGACAAUUUAAGUGAGUUUUUGGAUAUAUUUGAAAGUUUGUUUAAAAAACUCCUUGUACACAGUACGCAUUUCCACCGAUAUGCUAAAACCCCUGCUCAGAGAGAGUACACGCCCAUCUUCACAUUCUUCCUCAGUUCUCAGUCUGAUAGAUUGAUCUUCUGGCGACCUUACUUGCCUCUGUCUCUUCCUCCUCCUCUUCUUCGUCUGUGGCACCAGCCAUUCUCAGACUCUCAAUGGCGGCCACGAUCGCCUUCAACGCCGUUGGAGCUUCGGGUCGACUCUCCCGCCAAUUAUCUCACCCACGAAGCUCCUAUCCACUUCUCGGCAGGAUCCGACUGCAUCGCGUUGCCCCGACCCGAUUUUCGAGAUCCUCAUCCUCCUCCUCUGGCUCUGCAGGAAUUAGGGCGCAGGUGGCGGCCGUCGAGCAAUCGAGCGCUGCUGUAGCUCAGAACGUGGAGGCUCCUGUGGUUAUCGUCACUGGAGCUUCUAGAGGAAUUGGCAAAGCUGUUGCGCUCGCUCUCGGCAAGUCUGGUUGUAAGGUUCUGGUAAACUACGCAAGGUCAUCUAAGGAAGCUGAAUUAGUUUCCAAGGAGAUUGAGGCAUCUGGUGGUCAAGCUCUGACAUUUGGGGGUGAUGUUUCAAACGAAGAAGAUGUAGCGGCAAUGAUUAAAACUGUGGUUGAUGCAUGGGGAACAGUUGAUGUGUUGGUUAAUAAUGCUGGAAUAACACGGGAUGGCUUGUUGAUGAGAAUGAAAACAUCCCAAUGGCAGGAGGUUAUUGAUUUGAAUCUUACUGGCGUGUUUCUGUGCACACAGGCUGCAGCGAAAGUUAUGAUGAAACAGAGAAAGGGAAGAAUAAUCAAUAUAGCAUCUGUUGUUGGUCUUGUUGGCAAUGUUGGACAAGCCAACUACAGUGCUGCAAAGGCUGGAGUAAUUGGCUUUACGAAGAGUGUCGCCAAGGAAUAUUCAAGCAGGAGCAUUAAUGUCAAUGCUGUAGCACCUGGUUUUAUUGCAUCUGAUAUGACUGCCAAGCUUGGAGAAGACAUAGAAAAGAAGAUCUUGGGAACCAUCCCCCUAGGGCGAUAUGGUCAACCUGAAGAAGUCGCAGGACUGGUGGAAUUCUUAGCGCUCAAUCCCGCUGCCAGUUACAUUACUGGACAGGUAUUGACCAUUGAUGGAGGGAUGGUGAUGUGAGAGGCCAAGUCCUGCACCCCACGAGCUUCAUCUUACAGAAGGUUUUAAAUGACGCUUCAUCUUACAGAAAGUUUCAAACGAAGAGGCAUUUCUUUAUAUUCCAUUCUUGACCGGCUUCUAGUUUCAAACUGAAUAGAAGAGUAGAAGGAUAAUAUAUAUAUAUAUAUAUUUUUCGUUUAGCAAAGGUUGUUAAAAUAUAUUCUGUGACACUUGUGAACAGUGUAAGAGAAAAAAAGACUUGAUAGGAAUUAUUUUUGUGUAGUGGUUUCAGUCUCCAGAUGAUACUAAAGCGUUCUACUUUACUAGUUUAAAUUUUCAGGCUGUGUAUCGUUUAUAUGGGUUGCAUAUGAAGUCUUUUGUUAUUCUCUGUGUGGAGGUAGAAAAUCUGAAGCCUGUAGGCUUGCUUUUAACCACUUUGUAAAGCUAUUGGUCGAAAGGCCACAUAGCCCUCCUUUGGGUUUGGACAAAUCUUUUAACCACUUUGUGGAUAGUAUCAUAACAUGGAUGUUAACUUUAAUUA